AUGGUUGACCUGAUAGAGCCAGAUUUCAAACCAAAACCCAAGGACUUCAAACCAAAACCCAAGGAUUUCAGACCAAAACCCAAGGAUUUCAGACCAAAACCCAAGGAUUUCAAACCAAAACCCAAGGAUUUCAAACCAAAACCCAAAGAUUUCAAACCUAAACCCAAGGAUUUCAAACCGAAACCCAAGGACUUCAAACCGAAACUCAAAAAUUUCAAACCUAAACCCAAGGAUUUCAAACCGAAACCCAAGGAUUUCAAACCAAAACCCAAAGAUUUCAAACCAAAACCCAAAGAUUUCAAACCGAAACCCAAGGACUUCAAACCGAAACCCAAAGAUUUCAAACCUAAACCCAAGGAUUUGAAACCAAAACCCAAGGAUUUCAGACCAAAACCCAAGGAUUUCAAACCAAAACCCAAGGAUUUCAAACCAAAACCCAAGGAUAUCAAACCAAAACCCAAAGAUUUCAAACCUAAACCCAAGGAUUUCAAACCGAAACCCAAGGACUUCAAACCAAAACCCAAGGAUUUAAGACUGAUAUUCAGACCCGAAUCCUUAAAAAUUUAG